CUUCCUCUACUUUUUGAAAAUUCCGAAAACACCCUUCUCAUCACUUAUAUUUCAAAGACCUCUCCCCUUUUUUAUCUCAUCAAAAUUUUUGAGAGAGAUUGAUAGAAAUCAAAUGGAAGUAGAAAUGCAAGGUGAUGUCUCCAAAUGGGAAGGCUACGCUGACUGGAGGAACAGAGCCGCCGUGAAAGGCCGUCACGGCGGCAUGCUUGCCGCCUCCUUCGUCUUGGGUCUCAAAAUUCCAAAUUUACCCUUGGUGGAGAUAUUGGAGAAUCUAGCGUUUUUAGCGAACGCAAGCAACUUGGUGUUGUAUCUGAAGAACUUCAUGCACAUGUCUCUAGCGAGAUCGUCGAGUGAAGUAACCACUUUCAUGGCCACCGCCUUCCUUCUCGCCAGGGGCGGAUCUACAGGACUUAUCCUGCUCACAAUCCAAGCCCGUCGUCCGUCCUUAAUGCCGCCGCCAUGCAAGAGCUCUGCCGGGUUACCAUGCGAGGUCGUUGGUGGUUCAAAGGCGGCAUUUCUGUUCGUGGGAUUAUAUCUAGUGUCUCUAGGAGUCGGAGGGAUAAAAGGGUCAUUGCCUUCACACGGAGCAGAGCAAUUCGACGAGAGCACGCCUAAAGGUCGAAAACAGAGAUCCACAUUCUUCAACUACUAUGUGUUCUGUCUCUCAUGUGGAGCACUUGUGGCCGUGACGUUCGUUGUCUGGCUCGAGGACAACAAAGGCUGGGAGUGGGGAUUUGGAGUCUCCACCAUCUCCAUAUUUCUCUCCAUUAUCGUCUUUCUCUUAGGUUCGAGGUUUUAUAAGAACAAAAUCCCUCGUGGAAGUCCUCUCACCACAAUCUUGAAGGUUCUUCUCGCAGCUUCUAUAGUUGGUUGCUCGAGUAAAACUUCGAGUAAUGUUGUUUCCAAUGUCUCUAUGAGCCCAUUUAAUCACUUUGCUUCCAGAGAAUUUCAAUCAGAACAUGGCGCAAAGACGCCUUCUCAGUCACUAACCAAUAGCUUGAGAUGUCUAAACAGAGCGAUAGAGGGCAAAACACACCAUAUAUGGCUUGAAUGCACGGUCCAACAAGUGGAAGACGUGAAGAUUGUGCUCAAAAUGCUUCCAAUAUUUGGUUGCACCAUAAUGCUCAAUUGCUGCUUAGCUCAACUCUCUACUUACUCUGUCCACCAAGCUGCUACGAUGAACAGAAAGAUCAUUAACUUCAAUAUUCCUCCAGCUUCCUUACCGGUUUUUCCAGUCGUAUUCAUGCUGAUGCUUGCUCCGGCCUAUGACCAUCUGAUUAUCCCAUUCGCUAGAAAGGUAACCAAAUCCGAAAUGGGUAUCACUCACUUGCAAAGAAUCGGUGUAGGCUUAGUCCUUUCGAUAUUAGCAAUGGCAGUGGCUGCAUUAGUCGAGUUAAAGCGGAAGCAAGUAGCUAGAGAAGCUGAAUUGCUUGACUCUAAAGAAACCUUACCAAUUACUUUUCUAUGGAUUGCGUUUCAAUAUCUAUUUCUAGGGUCAGCUGAUCUAUUCACAUUAGCUGGAUUGCUAGAGUUUUUCUUCACAGAAGCACCUUCUUCUAUGAGAUCAUUGGCUACAUCGCUCUCAUGGGCUUCUUUGGCAUUGGGGUAUUAUCUAAGCUCGGUGAUGGUGCCGAUAGUGAACAGUGUAACUGAGAGUGCCGGACAAAGCCCAUGGCUUGGAGAAAAACUUAACCGUAGCAGACUAGACUUGUUUUACUGGCUCAUGUGUGUCAUGAGUGGUGUUAACUUCUUGCACUAUCUGUUUUGGGCAAAGCGUUACAAGUACAUCUCAACUGGUUCAAGAAGCUGAUACGAUAUAUGUACCCUCUUUAAUAGAUAAAAAAAAUAGUG